CACGUGCCUUCGUGCAAUCACUGAUCUCAUCAUCUUACAGCAGCAUUGGCUGCAGUUUCUCUGUCGUGCCUCAAAGUGCACAUUGGAAUUUUUCAAUUGCGACGGGCAAGAAAGUGAAUUGAAAACAGCAAUCUCCGAAGCCUCCACUCGCUAUGCUUCAGUAGGUUCAUGGCGUAGAAAAGUGUGAAAAUUCCUAAAACGCCAUACACUUACAGGGGAGAAAGAAAUCGCACAAAGCAAAUCUAGCCGAGGGAAAUUCGGGCAGCUCUGGAAAGAAAGAGCGAUAUAGCACAUUCCGCUGUGUGGUAAAGCGAUAAGAUCGCUUCGAAAGUGCAUUAGGCUAUGGUACCACCAAAAUCCCUACAUUAGUUGCACAACCAGAGUAUGCGCAUCGUCUAUCGUAUGAUUUAUUAUGGUUGUUAAAGUACAGCAACGUUGCAUAAAAUGAAUCGUUUUGUCGGGGUGAGUUUACGGAGAUACAUUUCCGUUUGUAUUUCUGUUUUACAGGUGUAGUAAUCGGGUCCUUCAAUACUCUACGGGUAAUAUCCCCAACCGUGCGUUACUGUCGCAACCACACUGAUUAUAACGCUUCAGUAAUCGCGAGAGCCAUGAAUGAGAUUGCAACUUUGUUUUGAUUUCUUCCUCUAAAUAGUUAUUCACGCUUAUUUGUGUAAUACGAGCGCCAACAUAGCGUAUAACGAGCGCAAUAAACUCCGAUUUUGAAUGAAAGUUUGGCUGAUUUGUACAUGCAGUGCAGCGCCGUUUGCUUAAGCUAAUUUAUCCCCCUUAAAAUGAAUUACCUUUCGUUUUCCUAUUUCCACGUGGAAUUACUCACAUCGGUUACGAAAUCAAUAAGCCCAUUUGUAAUUGCGAAGGAACGCAAUGCUGGGUGCGCCAUAAGGAAAACAGCCACCAAUGCUUCCGAAUCAAAUGAUUCAUUAAAAUGAUAAAGAGCCUAUGGUAUAUCCAUUAAACAUUGAAAGAGACAAAGAGUUGUGCCUUGCUUAGUGUUAAGCAGCAAUUUACAAGGUUCGUCUCUUUUUAUAGAUAUCCUUCCAAAGGCAGAACUCGAGUUGCAUUGAUAUAUUAUAAUACUAUUGAUUAUGAUUAUAAUAUUGAUAAUUUUGGAAACGCUAUGCAAUGUUUUUCAAACUCUUAUACUUAAAAGUACACAUGCUUCGUCACCGCAACGUUUUUUUUAUGAAAGCUUUAUCUAUUUUGCUAUCAGACAAACCGACUGAUUAGAUAAACCAUUUAUCAGGCCAGGUAUUUUUUUUCUUCUUGCUUCUGUGAGUUGUCAUUGAAAGUCCCCAUAACAGGUGUAACACACCGUUGCACAAAUCCAUUUCGUCAGUAAAGAUUCUGAUGGUACUAGGAAAGGUAAGGAGAGUCUUCUGCAUUCUGACGAGAGACUUUAAAAGGUGCUGUGCGUAAGAAUUAUUACCUCGCAUUACCGGAAUACGAAGAAAGACAAACCGGAAGGUUGGGCAUCGACAACGGAGCAACCGGAGGGGGGCAGUGUUUCCGAUCCAUACCGAUCGAUCUGGGUGAGGCCUUUGAGGCUUAAUUCAAUUUGUGCCCAAUGUGCAAGGGAAGUGAAAACGCAGUUAGCAUAUUACUAACGAGCCACAAUCGUAUUCUGGCGAUGAUAGACUGUGUGUGUCAGUGCUCAUAAAGUGCUAUAAUAAAAGGUGUGAAAUCAUAUUGCUUGUUUCCGAACGUUUACCCAUUGUGUAUAAAGACAAUCUACAUUACUGCCGGUAUUAGAAACUCUUUAAUGCCGGGGUGUGGGUUUCACAUUGUAAUAAUUUUACCAUCAAACCGGUCGGUGGACGUAGUUUGUGCAAGUGUUAUCGAUCUUAUGAACAACAGUUGUACAUACAUCAAACUAUUCAAAGGAUAGUGAGGGGAUUUGCUGCACCAAUAACACCCGAUACCGCCAGCGACAGCCAUGUCUUUAACGGAUAAAGAGUACUAUAAUUUGAGUAUCAGCAUAUCAAAGGCGCUCAACAAUGUGGAAAUGCCAAUCAAGGGGAAGCACGUUCGUGCUGCAAUCAUCGGAACAUUUCACAGCAAUGGCGGCCAUGCGUUCUGGGCCAUUGCCAUUCGGCAACCGAUUCAAGACAAUCGAAUCGUCGCAUGGAAAUUCUGCCACUUGCUGCACAAGAUUCUGCGCGAAGGUCAUCCCCUGUGCUGCCAGAACUCUAUGCGCCAUCGUGGCAUGUUGCUAGAGGCCGGCAAAUUGUGGGGCCAUCUGAACGAUGGCUACGGCAUCUGCAUCAAGCAUUACACGAAGCUGCUCGUUACGAAGUUGGAGUUUCAUGAUCGCAACCCACGCAUCCCCGGUAGUCUGUCAUUACGCCAGGGAGAUCUGGAGAAGAUCGGCGAAGGUGAUAUUAACAUUUACUUCCAGUUGGCGGUUGAAAUAUUCGAUUAUCUGGAUGAUAUUGUAGCCCUGCAGGCCACAAUAUUCAAUUCCAUCACAACGUUUUGCGUGAGUUCCAUGACAUCGCCCGGUCAGUGUCGAUUGGCGCCGUUAAUCCCCUGCAUACAGGACUCGAAUCCGCUCUACGAUAUGCUAGUACGGGUCAUGUUCAAGCUGCACGCCAAUCUUCCAUCGGAUCUGCUGACGGGUCACCGACAGCGCUUCAAUACGCUUUUUCAUCAGCUCAGGCAGUUCUAUGGUCAAUCGCGUAGCCUGCAGUAUUUUGUCAAUCUGAUCACGGUACCAAAACUACCGGAAGCACCGCCCAACUUCCAGCAACAGAGUGACCUUGGCAAUUACCAGGCGCCGGUCGUUGUGAUGCCGGAUAGCGAUCCAACGGACAACGAGCCGGAACCAGUGGUUUCCAACUUAAUCGACACGGCUGAAGCUGCCCCACCGAUACCGGAGCUACCGCAACAUAACCACCAGCAUGAUAAUCACCAACAAUCCGUUAGCCAGUCGCCUGUUGUGCCGAUAGCACAGGUCAUUGAGCUGGAACGAUUGAUUCAAGAGCGAGACGAAUUGGUGCGUCAUUUGCAAACCGAAACGCAGCGAUUGUCGAAUCACGUCAAAGCGAUCACCUUGGAGCAGCGGGAUGUGCAAUCCCGGAUGGAGGAACAAAUCGGGGCUUUAAGGGCUCAACUAGCCCAACGCCAUGAUGAGGUAACGAAUUUACGCUUCCAGAAGGAAGAACUGGAAUUGCGCGCCCAAACUGCACCGUCGCUGGAACAACGAGCCCAAGCUGAGGAAGAACGAGCGAAAGCCAGUGAGGAAAAGUUCCAAAAACUUAAAACGAUGUACACGCAGAUCCGCGACGAACAUGUUAAUCUUCUGCGGCAGAUGAAGUUUGAUCAAUAUAGGAUCAAUUGCUACAGGCAGCAUGGCGAAAUAAGCAAACAACUGGUCACAUCCACCGAGGCAGCGACUGAAGCCAACAAAGCCAAAGCUGAGCUCCAACGGCAGCUGGAAGAGCUCCAGCAAAAACAGGCCCUUGUUCAGAAUGCAUUGCAGCAAAGCUCGAACGAUGCACGCCACGAACAGGAGGCUAUCAAUGAGCAGUUACAAACCAUGACCCAAAAGUGUGAAUCCUUGCAAAGUCGAUACGACGAAAUGGAGGCAUCACGGCAGGCCGAAAUCGCCGAGCUACGCAUUGGCGUGGAGCGACUGGAGACGGAAAUCCAGACAUUCCAGCAAGACCGCGAAACACUUUCAACGGAAAAGGGCAGUCUCGAGGAGCGUCUCGUCGAAAUACAGGGAGAAAAGGAUGAGCUAGCACUCAAGUAUCAAGAAUGCAUGUCUAAGAUUGAUGCUCUAGAGCUAAAGACUGAACACUACGCUAAGGAGGAAGCUUCCUUACAGCAAAGCGUUAGUGCAACUACACAGCGAACGGAAGAAUUGGCCGAACAAAUCGAACACCUUCGGAUGGAUAAAUGUGCAUUGGAACAAAAAUGUUCGGAUUUGCAAGCAGCCAAAGAAGCACAGGAAGAGGAAUUUAGACGUAACCAAGAGGCAGAUUUGCUUCGCUUCGACUCGAUGAAAACGGAAUUAAGCGAGCAGCUUACGGCUCUCGAAACGACCAAGGAGGCAAUUACCGAUGAGCGGCAGAAAACAUUGGAGCAGCUUUUACUGCUGCAAAAUGAAACAUCACAAAAGCAGACCGAAUUCGAAUCGCUGGUGACCGAUCUGAAGUCGGUGAUCGAGCAGAAGGACCACGAGUUGGAAGAGCUUAACACCAAACACCGAGAACUGGAGGAAAAGUAUCAGAGUCUAGAUGCAAAUAUGGAACGCUCAGUAGCAGAAAAGGAAGCAAUCGAGUCUGAUCUGCAAGAUUUACUACACCAACAGGAGGAAACGGAGCGAAGGUUACAGAGCGCCCAACUGAAAAUUGGCGAGCUAGAGACGGCACUCACCGAUAGCCGAAUCAGUGGUGACACUGCUCUACGUACCCUGCUGGAGGCCUGCAUUAAAUCAUCGGAAAAGCUGACGGUGCGAGCGCUUGGCGAAAAUGAGAUGCCAGGAGCUGGCGGUACGCCAACCUACUUUUUGAUGAUCGCUGAAGAGUUGCAGGAGGUAUUGACUAAGCUAAAAAUGGUACACGAAAACUAUCUGAAAGAUAACUCCACCAACGUUGAAUCGUUGGCGCGCAAAGUUAUCAUCGGAGCUCACUUACUGGCUUCAGCUCACGUGCAAGGCAUGACCAUCUGCAACAGAUCAGCGAACAUUGAAAGCGGCGAACGCAUAGCGGAAGAGAUUAAGAAGCUGGGCCAGUCUAUUACCAGCCUAUUUCAGGCGCUUCAAAAAACAAGUGAAUCCGAUGCCGUAAGCGAAAGGGUAACGGAUCUCAAAUCAAAGCUGGAACAAGUUACCACAAUGAUCGUCGAUCUUGGCAAGCAGACAGAUGGAACUGAGAAUUUGGGUGAUAUGGUCGAGUCUGAACUAUCCAGCAUGGAUAAGGCCAUUGAAGAGGCUGCGGCCCAGAUUCAGGAAAUGCUGUCGAAAUCGCGGGCUUCCGAUUCUGGCAUCAAAUUGGAGGUUAACGAGAAAAUUUUGGACGCUUGCACGAACCUCAUGCAAGCGAUUCGUAUUCUGGUGCAAAAGUCCCGCUUGCUGCAAUCAGAAAUCGUGUCGCUUGGCAAGGGUACUGCAUCGGCUAAAGAGUUCUACAAGCGCAACCACCAGUGGACCGAGGGUUUAAUUUCCGCAGCUAAAAGUGUGGCACAAGGGGCUAACUUCUUGGUAACCGCAGCGAACAAAACGGUAGCAGGAGGAGCGAAACAUCAACUGGAUUUGGUUGUGGCCGCACAGGAAAUCGCUGCUUGUACCGCUCAACUGGUCGUUGCUAGUCGUGUGAAAGCACCGCGCACCAGCUCUAACCUGACCGCUCUCGGUACUGCCUCGAAGAACGUAACACAGGCGACGGGCAUCGUGGUAGCAACUGCCAAAGAUUGCAGCCAACGGUUAGAAGAUUCGCAAGAUCUUGAUCUCGGUACACUGACGGUACAUCAAGCCAAAACGAAGGAGAUGGAAAUACAGGUGAAAGUACUCGAGCUCGAGCAGGCGCUCCAGGUUGAGCGCAUGCGUUUGGCUUCAUUCCGGAAGAAAAAUUAUCACCAACCGGCCGAAGAGUGAAUUCAUUUUUCGCCUCAGCACUAUCAGGCACUUUUCUAUGAUUUUGAGGAAAAAGUACAAGCAGAAAGAGUGGUUCUACACUACUGAUCAGUCUAUUUUUAUAUAAAUUGAGCUUCUGUUUUUUAAACAUCUCGGAACGCCAGUCAUUUUUUAAGUAAAACCUAACAGAGGCCUUUGGCAGGACCGUGCCCAUCGAUUGCGUUCCGCCGCGCUGCGAAAGCCAUGAGGCAUCCCCUAAUGCAUUGUAAUUGCGAAUACGUAAAACUAGCGCUGUUAAUUUAUUAAGUUUCUCCACGCGGCAUAAUGUUCCCCCGUGUGCUGCUGUUAAAAUGAUAGUUCAAUCAACAAAGGGAAUACAAUAAAAAUACAAAACCAAAUCCCAAAUCCUAUGAACAGGCGCAGGCUGUCUUGCGUGUUUAUUUUGAAUGC